UGAUGCUAAACUUUCGGAAGAGAGAGACAGCUACGCAGUGAGAGAGGGAGGAAGAGCGGCUUGAAUUUCUGUUUGGACAAAUCCCGAGCUGACCUCCGUUUAUCUUGAAGUGCGAUCCCUUCCUCCAUUCAGUGAGCUUUCAAAGGUUUUGCCAAACUGUUACAAAGUCUUGCCAGUGAGCGUCCCGGUGUUGUUUUUGCCGGAUCUUUCGCCACUCUCCGCGCUUCAGGAAUGCACUGUGCACUUUGCAACUCGGUGCUCGGGGAACCUCCUGCUUUGCUUUUCCUCGACCGGGAGUUGUAAAUGAUCGACGGUCAUGUGCUCGUGAAGGACAGACGCUUUUCGUCAACCCGGUGCGCCGCCACCCCCGCGGUCCGCCCGCUCGCAGCCGGCCUGAGGACCGGUGAGCCUGAUAGGAGCGCUUCCUUGACGGGCAUGGACGGUGGCCGGGCGGGGCUCCAGCAGGCGGCGGGCGGAGGAAGAAGAAGCGGGUGGUCGCUUGUGGAGGCCCAGCUGCAGGGUGGAGCACCGUGGGGCUUUACGCUUCAGGGUGGCCUGGAGCACGGUGAGCCGCUCAUCAUCUCCAAGGUAGAAGAGGGCGGUAAGGCAGACGCUUUGGAGUGCCCACUGCAGGCGGGGGAUGAGAUUCGCAUCAUAAAUGGCAUCAACCUGACAGGUUAUCGUCAGGAAGCCAUCGCCCUCGUCAAAGGAUCGUACAAGACUCUACAGAUCACCGUCCGCAGGGAAUUUGAUCCUGGAUACAUUGAGGAAUUUGGCUCUUCACCUCUCUCAUAUCCUUCUUCUUUUUCUGCCCCUUCACCUCCUCCUCUUUCUUCCACAUCACCGCCACCGCCGCAUCAACAAAAAACAACCCGCCGCAGCCGACCAUGUUCCACGGGAGGGGUCCCGCUACGCAUCAAGAACAGACGCAGUGAAACGGCAUCUCGUCCUCACUCGUGGCAUUCAACAAAACUGGGUGAAGGUCAGCAGGAGUCAGAGCAGGAAGGGAUGGACACCAUGAGUAGCGCUUGGCAUCACAAUUACCACGCAAGUGCCUCCACCACGGACCUCUCGGGCGGGUUUGAAUCGGACGGCGGCUACCUGAGGAAGAGUCCCGACCAGUACAGCUCAAGAGGCAGCAUGGAGAGUUUGGAUCCUCCUGCGCCUGCGCACCUCCAGCACCACCACACGCUGGGCCAUCACAGCCACAGUGGCCCCCACCCUGCGUACUCCUCCUGCCAACAGCUAUCGUCUGCCAGGUCCUCCAACAGCAUCGAUCACCUCCACAGCAAGCGCGACUCGGCAUACUCCUCCUUCUCCACCAGCUCCAGUAUUCCAGAGUACCUCGCCUCCGCUCCACCCUUCAGUCCCGAGCGCUCCUAUUCACUGGACACGGUGCCCCAGAGAGGAGGAAGCGGAGAGAUGCAACAUGCCGAUAUACGUUACAUCCGGACGGUUUACAAUACCCAGCAGGGGCUCUCUCAGGAGCAGGAGCUGAGCUCUCCGUCGGCAUUAUCGCUCCAUAACGACGAUUCAAGAAGUGGGGAAGGAGCAAAGGGAGGGCACAGCAGAGAUGCGCCAAGUGGAGUCUGUUACCGCGGCAGCAGCAACAGCAGCGGUGCCAGUAGCAGUGGCGUGCUGGCUGCGAACAGGCACAGCGUGGGUCCUAUAUGGGCACCCGGAACCAGUCCCGGCUCUUAUGAGAACCUGAAGGGGGCGCCGGCUCCGCCGCGGCGCAGCGACAGCUUUGCGGCCAUCAAGAGCCACGAGAGGCCCAACUCUUGGUCAAGUGUGGAGCAACCCCGGGCGGUUAAUCGGGCUCUGCAGAAGGGCUCCUAUCACCACUCCAGUGGGCCACUCGCCUCAAGCACAGCUAAAGGCUCGUGCUUGACUGAUGGUCAGCUCCACACGGUCAUCGAAAAGAGUCCAGAGAGCAGCCCCACCACAAAGCCCCGUCAGGGCUUUUCCCCGCCAGGUUCACCUUCUGGACCUUCCACCAGCUUGACGAGCGCAGCUCCCCAGUCAGGACGCCCGAUUCUGCCCACGGGCGUUUACCCCGUACCCCAGCCAGAACCCCACUAUGCGCAGAUGCCCGGUUCGAGUCCCGUAUCAUCUGCCUCGGGAGUAUAUCCUGCUCUGGCCAAUGACAGCAACCGGCAACAGCAGCAAGGUCCGCAGAAGGUCAGAGGACAGGAGGAGGAAGCGAGCGAGCGAUGGAGGGAUGGAAAACCGCCAUCGAUUGAAAAAGGUCACCAAAUGGACAUUUCAUCACCGUACGUCCACUCCGCCGUUCCGCCCGUUGCCGCAACGCCGAGCGGAGCGCACGACUCACCAAGGAAUCAACAGGAGGACAGUCAUUUUGGUCACAACAGAGCCUUUCCGACUGCAGGAAGAUCCGAGAGCCAAGCGGGGGCCAACGUGUUUCAGCGCCAGCAGGGACCUCAGGCUGACAGCCCGCAUCACCCCCAUAUGCAUUCCAACCAAGGACCCCACAACCGAAUGGUGCAGGAACAAGACUUCCUAAAUCCCCAAACUCAGUCACCUUUGACUCUCGGACCCCACACCUUCCAAGAGCGGAGGGAUCCUUACACAACUGUGCAGUCGGGGGGGCACGUGAGAAGAUUGGUGGAGCAACCCAACGUCCAUCCAGAGCCAGUGUCGUACUCAAGAGUCGCGCAGGGACAAGUGCCCCCUUCCCAUUCAUUAGUUCAGCCUCAACACUCCUCCCCCGCCUGCUCCGCUCAGGCCUCCCUCCGUCACCACAGUGACUCAGCAGCUCUUCAUUACCAUCACGCGGAGCAGAAAGAGCAGAACAGAGACAAAGAACACCCACUGACUCGUCUGGAGAAUGCCCUGGUCGAGGUACAGCGUUCCACCAGCCCAAACGGUGCCGUCUCUGCCAGUAGUCAUGACAACGACACAUUGGGUGAGGGUAUCCAGGGACCCACCCGUAGUCUCUCUGUCCUAGAGAGGGUCAGUCGCUUUGAGCAUUGUGACAGAGAAGGAAAGCAACGGAGUCAAAGCAUCAGUCACAACCACCACAAAAGCUCUUUCCGCCGGAAUCAGUUGCUGGACAAAUCCCACGGCGCCCCCUGUGGAGCGGAGGAUCUCAGAAGCAUGCUCGAAAGGAGCACCAAAGCCCACAGAACGAUGAGCUACAGAGGAGGCGGCGGCCAUUGCAAGAAAGACAGGACCGCACCCGAUCCCAGUUCAGCCCUGGAGAGGAGUCUAAGCAGCCUCCAUUUGGCUGGACCCAGGGAAGACGAUGAGAGCACGACCUUAUGGAAACAAGACGUCCACAACACGUCGGGCGCUUUGCAGGACGCGUCCUUCCACAGAUCCUACAAGGACUCAUUGAAAGAGGCGCAAUCGAAGGUCCUGCGCUCGAUCUCCUUGAAACAGAAUUCCUCCCCCGUCCGUUCCUCACGUGCAGUUUAUUCCCCCAAUCCCGCCUCACGUGGCAGCCAUCAGCCUCCGCCUUUGGUGGGCAACCAUCCACCCUCGGAGAAGAAAGGCCCGAAAACCAUGCCCAAGCCCCUGAGCGUCCUCGUCCACACCCCGGUCCCAUCCCCUCACACUCCAAAAGAGCGCCACGUGGUCGGACCGGAGACCCGAGGCCCAAGUCCCCCGGCCUUACCCGACGUCGCGCCCGUCGGACCUCCCGCCGUGUUGCGAAUCGGCGGACGCAAACGUCUCACGCCGGGCCAGAAGAAACGCUCCUAUUCUGAGCCGGACAACAUGAACGAGAUUGGCAUCUCGGAUUCUGAGAGAGGUCUCUUCAAGCUUGGCGGAGAGACCAGUGUGGCUGACCGGCGGAAGAUGUUUGAACUGGGAUUCGCAAACAACGCCAUGUCCAGGCCCGACUUGCGUCAGCUUCAGCAAGAUGCCGUGGCUCAGUACGUGCUGAGGAAGAGAAACGCCAAGAAAGAUGAGGGGAGAGAGCGGGCUGGGCCGAGGCCUCUCAGUGCUUAUCUGCAGUCGGAAAACGCCUCCCAUUCAGACACCUUCAGCCUCUCCUCUACCUCCAGCCUGCUCUCCCUCCAAGACUCUGGCCUGGAUCGCAGCCUUUCUUCGAGUGACAGGCGUCACUUGUCCUCUCCUGGAGCUGACCUGCGAGGCAUUCCGUCCAAUUUGUACCACCCGGGCAGAGUGUCCGCCUCGAGGGCUCCGUCACAACCGUCAACAUGUGGCGACUCGCCGCCUGCGCGCCGCACCUCCAUCGCCCACCUCCCGCAUAAUUUCGCCCGAGAGGCAGGCUCCGAUAAACCGAGUGCCAUCGGGUCAAAAGAUUUGCAACAGGCAGCGAGCCCCCACCAGAAGCAGCGCCUCGGCCCCAAGCAGGCGAGCGGGUCUUUGGCCGGGGUCGGGUCCGUGCUGGGCUCGGGCAAAUCCGCCUCCGUUGAAGACCUUUUGGAGCGGUCAGAGGAAAGGAUUCCAAGCCACUCUCGAUCCCGCUCAUCCCCGACUCUGGACAUACUCCGUCAGGACUACGCGUCAGAUCAAGUGAAGAUGUUUGAUGCCUUUGUGUGCGAGCCGGAGCGCCGCUGCGCUCAGACUGAGGAAAGCGCUGGAGAGAAGGAGCCACUAGAGGGCCUCGCUUCUCCUCACAACAAUCCUCACCGCCUCCAGCCUGCCGGAACUUCUUCUCGAGCCUUCUCCCACUCCCCCGUCCCACUGAGGGACAGACAGCGUCAGAGGAACAGUGAGCGUCAGCGAGCCCAUAGCAUGUCGUCUCUCGCAGCCUCGGUCGGUCUGCCUUGCCCGCUCUCCUCCGCGUCCGCUUCCCGGGAUGGAGCGGGGACGGCGCGGCAGUCGGGCGAGGCUCCCGGUCAAGCCAAUCUGGACGACAUCGCCUUCCCGAGCACCCCCCACAGCAGCAUCGCCGAAAGUCACGGCGGCGCCAAAGACGGCCACCUUGACACCUUUGCGACGGACAAACCCGCGCGGCACAGUUUGAGCGAUGCCGGCCUAUUAGAGGACGCUACCGAUGGCGCUCACAGAGAGAGGACAUUUAGUUGGGAGAGAAAAGGAGGCCGUUGUGAAGCAAGCAUCAAGCCGGUGUCGCCGCCGCCUCAUUUCCAGUUUGCUUCCACACCAGACGAGAAACACGCCGGCAAUGUCGAGUCGCGUCCCUCCUCUUCCUCUCAUCAGUCCGCCCUUCAGAACAUUUCCUCGGUCAAGAGGUCAGAGUGUCGCCUCAGCAGCUCGGUCGGCCAACAACAAACACCAGGAACAUCCGCGGGACUAUUUAGUGAAGACUUGGAUGAGGUCUUUCUUCUCAAUCCUCCACCUCCAUCGCUUUCUCCUUCGCUCAAAGCGACCAACAUGACGGAAGCCUUCCCUCUGCCUCCCGCUCCUCUCCUUGAGUUGGACAAGAAAAGCUCUUUGCAGACGGCGCCAAGCCCGCCCGGCUUUGUGGCUUCCCCCAAGCCGCGAACGUCCACCCUCACGUCCACCUCGUCCAGCAUGGACAGCCUCCAGUUUGACGACACGCUGAACCUUGAGUACCAGCCCCUGCUCAAGAGGGAAAAGACGGCGGAGGAGCUACAAGUGGAAACGCUGGCACGGCAGCUGGUCAUGCAGGAUCGCUCUCUGACACCCAUCUUAGAAACGUCGGAGGGUAGAUCACCUGUCGAGCUUGUGGAGGAGAUCUUUCACAACAGCAGACUGGGUGCUAAAGUCACAUGGGAAACCAGGGGCAGCCCGUUAAAUGACAGGAGUGAGAAUGGUGUCAAUGCAGAAGUGGAUCAAAGGACUGAGAUGGAGGAGAAGGAGCUCAACAGCAGGAAGGCGGAGCUGUGCGAGGCUCUGAGGUGCAGUGUGGCGGCGAUGCGCCGAGAGAAGGAUCUUCUGGGCGAGGAGCAGAAGCGUCACCAGGCACUCGGGGCCAGCGUUGACUCUCUGGUGCACAAACUAUGCAAGAUAAAUGAGAGGGACAAGUACAGCAUGUUCAUUGGAGAUCUUGAGAAAAUCGUCAACCUGCUGUUGUCACUGUGCAGUCGGCUGUCGAGGAUUGACAAAUCUCUGCUCGCUUUGCAACGAAAAGAGCUCGCGAAGGAGGACCUUUCUGAGGAGCGGGACUCCCUCGUUCACAAGCGCUCUCAGCUCCUCAGCCAAACAGAGGAUGCCUGGGAACUGAAGCAAAACCUGGACCGACGGCAGCGCGUCGUCCACGCCGUCUUGCGAGGCUACCUCAGCGAACCCCAGCUGCAAGACUACCGCCACUUUGUCAGCGCCAAACCCUCCCUACUGAUUCGCCAACGGAACCUCGAUGACCUCAUACGCCAGCGCGAGGAGCAGCUGACCAGGCUGGCGGAGACCCUCCCUCCGGAUUGGCCGAGAGGAUCUUUGCCUUCCUCCCCGAGCCCCGUCUCCUGCUCCUCUCCCUUCCCACAGCUGCUUCCCUCCUCUCCGAUUCCCGACCACGCCCACUCGACCCGCUCCACCACGGUGACGUCGCUGUGAUGUCGUGAAACGGCAAGACGGAGCGCUGUGGAAACUACAACCGAACUCCCGAUUGGAGAAGUUAACAGCAUGCAAGAGUGGGCCUGGUCUCACUCAAUCAAUGCACACAGUCCGUCGCUCUUGACGCCGCAAACACCGUCACGUGCCUCGUGUUAUUCGCGCCCCGACUGAAACUUUUACAAGAGAAAUAAUAGCGCAUCUGCCUUAAGUUUGAAAUUUGCCCAACCGCUGCCGUUCUUACCUGCUCUGGAAAGAGAGCCACCAGGUUGGCAGGGCCCAAGAAAAUAUCGAAAACAUGCAAGAUCGUUCGGUUUUUAAUGAGGGUCAUUUUCUUCUAUUGCUUAAAAGCUUCCACCUGUUGUAGGAAUACUGGACACAUCGCCUUGAGAUCUUGGAAUAAUGGAGUCUUGUUUUUUCCCCCCCCGAGUUAGGACAAGGGCCGCAAAGCCUUAAAUGUUGAUAUGCAAUUUUCUUUCAACUUGCUUCAGACACAAUACUCAGUACAUGACAGAGAAGAACAGACUCUUACUAGUGAUAAUGUGAAGACGGUAGGGAAAAUGCAACGGUGCAAACGUUGCUCUCAUGGAGGCAACUUUGAGUUUCCUCAAAUAGACAACCAUGUUUGCUGGUGGCCAAAGACAAAAUAGGACAAAAUGGCCACUAAAAUUAAAUUACACUUAUUUUCAUGUUGAUGUCAAAGAAGGAAGAGUCCAAAGAUUGGAUCGGGAUGCAAUGUUGAACGUGUUUUGUCAUAUUUACAUUUUUGGGUGGCCCUAACUUAUUGAUAUUAAUAUAAAUCACAAAAUAAGCCCGUCUUCAACAUUUGAGCAUAAGUUAUUAUUUUAGAUUUAGACAUUAAAUUAACCUAGCAAUGCCAAUGAAUGCCUUUUGAUCUAACAGGGCUUAAAAUUGGAUUCAUUAUUCUAUUAACUCCUUUUGGUUCCAGUUGUGUUUUCCUGCUCUUAAAGAACCCCGCAAACAUCAGGGUUUUUUUUUUUUCUUGUCAAAAAAAAUUAAGCAGCAGAUGGAAAUAUUGGCCAUAUUUUUUCACGCUAUCCACUCGAGACUAUGCACUUACUCAUCAAAUACACAACAUACUUUUUUGAGGUUCCUCCAAUCAGUUAACCUCAUGCCAUUGAAUGUCAAGAAUAAGUUAAACGUGUCAUGUUCUUUAUUGAGGCAGCAGUGCAGAUAUUUAAAAUGUUUUUAACAACGUGAGUACACGUUUUAUUCGUGCUGAAAUGUCUAAAGGACACUAUUUUAUCCUCCAGCCACAAAUGUUACCUUUUUCUAGUUCAGAGAGCACAUUUUACAUAUCGUCAGUCUUUCCUAUUCUCCAAAUAUCACCCACAAAAUCUAUCACGCUCACUUUUUGAUUUACUCCUCGUAGGCACAACAGAUGAUCCCAGAUGGGUUUUGCUGGUUGACUUGCUGGACCUAUAAAAAAAAAAAGUUGGAUGGUUGGAAAAUGGCUCCUGAUGUUCGUUUAUUUUGUUUUUGCUAAAUAAAUAUAUUUUGUAAAUG